AUGGCUGAAAAUCGUUAUCUUGUUGAUUAUGCCAAAUUAGGAACAAGUGCCUGUAAAAAAUGUAAACAAAAAAUUGAUAAAGGUGGAAUACGUCUUGCCAAAGUUGUUAAAAAUCCGUUUGCAGAUGAAGGUGGUGAUAUGAAACAAUAUUUUCAUAUUGAUUGUAUGUUUGAAACAUUAAUGAAUGCUCGAGCAACCACUCAAGUGAUUGAAAGUACAACAGAUAUCGAAGGAUAUACAGACCUAAAAUCAGAUGAUAAAGAACAUAUUUUAGAACAAAUGAAACGUUUAGCAGAAGCAAGAGCAAAGAAAAAGGGCAAAUCAUCAACAACAUCAGGAUCAAAGAAACUAAUUCAAAAAACAUUACCAUUUCAAUCGAUUUCUCCAACAAAAAAGACACAAACACAAGUGUCAACUAAUACCGCCACAGCAACAACAAAUGAUGAUAAAAAUAGUGAAAAUGCAAUGGAUUAUGAUGAACAUGCUAAUACUUCAGAAGGAGGAAAUGAUACGAAUGCGAGCGGUGAUGAUCCAACACAUAUUGAUAAUUCGUUUCGAUCAUAUCGUAAUUUAUGUAUGAAAAUAGCCGAAGUCGAUGCUCAUAAAGCAAAAACAGAAAUAGUUAAACAGUUUAUUACCAAUGGUACUAAUAAAGAUGGUUAUAAAGGUAAAUACAUAUGUUGCAUUUACGUAUUAGUUCGAAAUGAUC